UUCGUCGUGAACGGACGUUUUCCUUCCCUGAGAGUAUAGGGCGCGUAGGAGAGUAACGAGAGUGAGCGAGUGUGUUUGUUAGGAGUUGUUAGGAAACUCUCGUCGCAGCCAGUGACGGUUGUCGGGAAAAUCGUGAAUUUGUAUAUUUGCACACAUCUGAGGAAAACGGAAGAUUUUUCCUCCGAAACGCGCGAUUGAUAGUUUUUAAUUCGCGUAUCAAUGUGCUGUUUCUGUUGUUGUUCUUGUUGUUGCUGCUGCUGAUAGUUCUGCGUUGUUGUUUAUCGGUAAUUCGCAAUUCGAUGAAAUAUCUAACGGUGAAGGAAGGAGGAGUGAUAGUGUUGGCGGAAAAUCUGCUCCGCGGCGUCCACUAACAACGGCAGCCUCUGUGCCAAUUCAACUGGGCGAAGAAAAACGAUGAAAACUAAAUCAAAGAAAUAAAAGCGCCCAGCGAAAAAAGAAGCGAAGAAGUGAUGUGUGCAGUGUCGGUGUGUAUGCGCGGGGAGAAAAGAAGAAAGAAAAGAUUAUAAUAAUGAUGGAAAAAUUAAAAUAAAAUGAAAUUAUGAUAAUAGCGGAAAAAGGAGAGAAAAAAUAAACUGAACCGUCUGGGAUGAAUGUGUGUGAGGCGAAGAAAAACAGCUUAAAAUCCUAUUAGAGCUUCAGCGCAGAGCUCUUCUCGACGGCCCCGGGAGGGAAGAAGCCUUCACAGAGUGUGAUCAACCACCGGAGGUUCUAAGCACGCUACCAAGUGCAGACGUCUCAUCUCUCUAAUAUGCCCACCGUCUUCUGAUGAGUCUGGAACGAACGCGGCGUGGCGGCAGCGGAGAAAAAGUUGUUUCUACGAUCAUUUGUGCGUCAGGAGAGGAGGGGCCCGGGCGCUGUUUGAUGCACAGAUUUUCGCAAGUGAAAUUAUAGCAAGAAUUGCACCGAGUUUAUUGUUUAUAUAAAAAUAGUUAUCAUAAAAUUAAAUAUUAAUAAAGAGCAGAACAAGUGAACAUUAAGCAGAACCUCGUCCGGGUUUCCAUAAUUGGGUUGGCUGCCGAGUGUGGGAGAGAAAAGCAGAGCGAGCGAAAAUCAGUGUAAACAUAAAUUGUGCGAAGUUAUGAUUUCAUGUGUAUAAUUUUUGAUAAUAAAUUUUUAUUGGGAAAUAUUGUUAUUGUAAUCAAAUUCAGAUCGCAAAAGGCUUCGCUCGGUUGGCGGCCGAGCUUCAUGAUUGCUGCGUGCUGUGAACGGGAAAAAAGAUUUAUAACAGGGAAAUAAAGCGAGAGCCAAACGUAAAGAGGCAUAAAGCAAAUAGAGAAUUAAACAGAUUAAUUAUAUCGGGCACCAGCGCGGUCCUGAUAAGUGCGCGCGUUCCGCCGCGAUACAGUGUUAUUAACCAAUAAAAAGCGCCCUGCGAGAGUGCCGCGGCUCUCGGCUCGCAGAAACUACCGAACACCGCGAAAAUUUCCGCCCUACUCGACGCCCGCACGGUUCCACAAAAAUUCUGCAAACUGGAACCAUAUGACGUAAGCACGAUGUAUGCGUACGCGCAGGGUGGAUCGCAAGGUCCGCCUCAUUACGCCACCCCGACCAAUGCGUAUCUGCCGGCGACGCAUCAUCCUGCCUAUCCACCGUAUCACGCGGGUCCAUCGACGCCACCGUCGACGAUCACGUCCUACAACAACGUCCCCGGGCCGUCGUCGCUGCUAGGGCACCACUAUGGCUCGCCGCAUCACAUGCCUCCGCCGCCACCGCCCCUACCGACGGCAACCCACACCUCGUCGUCGGCGGCGGCCGCCGCGGCAGCAGCAGCAGCAGCCGCCGCCGCUGUGGCGGCCGGAGUCAGCCCGAUGCAAACGGACCCGCAGCUGACGGACCUGAACCCGCAGUUGGGAAUACCCAAGCGAAGAAGAUCUGAUGAGGAGAGUGCCAGUGGUAACAAAUACAACAGAAUGGAAGAGGACAACGUUCAGGACAAGGAACGCUUCGCAAGUAGAGAAAACCAUUGCGAGAUCGAGCGGCGGAGGCGAAACAAAAUGACCGCCUACAUCACGGAACUGUCGGACAUGGUCCCAACCUGUAGUGCCCUAGCCCGGAAGCCGGACAAACUGACGAUCCUGCGGAUGGCGGUGGCGCACAUGAAGGCGUUAAGAGGAACCGGGAACACCAAUACCGAUGGAUCCUACAAACCUUCGUUUCUUACCGAUCAGGAGCUUAAGCACCUGAUUUUGGAAGCUGCAGAUGGAUUUCUGUUUGUGGCUGGCUGUGAUACGGGCCGUAUUAUUUACGUGUCCGACUCGGUAACACCGGUGCUGAACUAUUCCCAAAACGAGUGGUACAGUGGGAGUUUCUUCGACCACAUCCACCCGGAUGACAUCGAGAAGGUGCGGGAGCAGCUGUCCACGCAGGAACCGGCCAACAGUGGUCGGAUAUUGGAUCUCAAAACGGGCACCGUGAAGAAGGAAGGUCACCAAUCAGCAUCAAUGAGAUUAUGUAUGGGCUCGAGGAGGGGCUUCAUCUGUCGGAUGCGAAUCGGUCCCGUGACGCCGGAAUCGAUGGCGCUCGGUCAUCUUAAUAGGUUACGAAGAAAAAACUCGCUGGGACCAUCGCCCGAUGGCCACAACUACGCGGUGAUGCACUGCACCGGCUAUAUCAAAAAUUGGCCACCGACUGAUAUGUUUCCAGGUGUAACGAUCGAUCGGGGCCAGGAUGACGACCUGCACAACACCCACUGCUGUCUGGUGGCGAUAGCCCGGCUACAGAUUACCUCCUCGACUACGGCCAACGAUCUGAACGCGAACAAUCCGAACGAGUUCAUCUCGCGGCACGCCAUGUGCGGGAAGUUCACCUUCGUGGACCAGCGGGUAAUCGGGGUGCUCGGCUACCAGCCGGUGGAUCUGCUGAACAAGAGCUGCUACGACUUUUUCCAUCCGGAUGAUAUUGCCCACAUGAAGGAAAACUUCGAGCAGGUGUUGAAACAAAAAGGACAGAUGUUUUCGGUGAUGUAUAGGUUCCGGGCGAAAAACAAAGAAUGGGUGUGGAUGCGAACGCAAGCUUAUGCCUUCCUAAAUCCGUACACGGACGAUAUCGAGUAUGUCGUGUGUACCAACAGUUCAGCGAACAGAUCCCUUCACACAAGUCAUGACACGGUCGCAGUCACCGAUCCAGCCGAUGCGCCCGUCUCCUACCAGACGCCCGGUUUGGACUAUUCGAUGCCAAGUAGACGCGAGACGACACCCUCUAGUAGCAUAUACAAUCCUCACAAUUUGAUUUCACACUUGCCAUCCCAACAACCGCCAUCAGCGACAGCUGCGGCCGCUGUGGUAGCGAACGCGUCCAUCCAACGGCCCGACAGUGCGCACAACCCGGUGCAAUAUAGCUAUAAUCCAACGCCCUCCCCUAUUCAAUAUGGUUCCCCUGGUACGCCAGGCGCUUCCGGUUCUCUGGGACAUAUCUCCAAAACGAACAACACCUCGCCAACGCCGGCAGCGACCGCAUGGUCGCUACGACAGCCUCAACCCGUUACCGAAGGUUACCAGUACAGUGAACUCAGUCCGAAUCGGUCGCCCACCGGACCCACGUACACUCAGCUUAGUGCGACCGGAUCCCGCCAGACAUCGACCUACACUCCAUCGUCUGCACAACCCGGUAUUUGGAGCGGCUGGCAGGCGCACCAUCCGGCGGCCCCCGAACCGAUGCAAACCAGCAGUAGUAGCGUUGGUGGGGGUAGCAGCAGUAACAGUUCGGCCGGAGCUGCGGCACCACAUAUCGCUCAGCAGGAGAUACCCCCGGAGCACGCCCAGCACAUGCAGCAACACCAUCCGGCCCUGCAGCAUGGUCACAGUCAGCAGCACCAUGGGCACCACACCGGUCAUCCACAGCACCAUCACCCUCACCAUCCACAUCACGGGGCGGCGGCGGGACAACAUCACCACCACCAGGUGCACCACCCGGGCCAUCACCCGGGUCAACAUCCGGGCCAAGGGCACGAGCUGUCCGACAUGCUGCAGAUGCUAGAUCAGAGCGGGGCGACCUCCUUCGAGGAUCUUAAUAUCCACAUGUUCAACACGCCAUUCGAAUGAAAUUUGUUGUAUUAUGGUUAUAACAACUAUAACCAGACGGCGGCGGCUGCGGCAUCUUAUCACACGGGAGCGGGCAACGGUAGUGGUGGUGGCGGAGGAUCGGGAAUAGGUGCAGGCGGUGGUAACAGUAGCAGCAGUAAUGGUAGCAUCAGUGGGUUGGGUGGAUUCGGAACCGGGCUGGGAGGCAUUACGAACGGAAACGUUGCUGCAACCGCCGCUGCUGCCGGAGGGUUGGGCAGUUUCGGGGGCUACAUGAAUGAACAAAUGUAAAUAGGUGUCGUUUUUAAAGCGUCUAUCUAUACAUAGUAGCAAAAAAGAAGAAGAAGAAGAAAAAAAAAGCAUGAGGACGACGAGAUUUAUAUCGAGAAAACAAAUAUUAUGUAAAACGAAACAAAACAAAACGCAAAAAAAAUAAUCUGCUCGGAAGGGUUGAUUGGUGGACUAAACGUAAAAAAGCAACAAUUUUAUAUCAGAACACACACGCUCAAUAGAUGUCACCAUUCUCAAAAUAUUUAGUCACACAAAUUUGUUAUCUAAUAUGUUUAUAGGUCUCUAAUGUUGAUGAUGCUCUACCAAUCGACCAAGCCGCGGUGAAGGGAAUAUUUUAGCAACAAAUUUCUUAUUUUCUAAAUUAGGCCCUAUAAGCAAAAAAAAAUCAAAAUCAACGAACUUUUUAUGGUUAUAUGUAAAAUCAAUGGGAAAUGGUCAACGCGUGUGAGUGUGUGCGUUGACGCAGUGAGAAUUUACAAAGAACGAAUUAAAGCAAAAAUCGUUAGCUAUGAUUGUACUCUUUUAGGCUUUUUUGUUUCUUCCACAGGCAUCGAAUUAUAAAUACAUUUAAGAUUAGUUACAAAAAAAGGAAGCGGUAGCAAUAUUGUGUUCAGUUCCAAGCAGAGCUUAAUCCAGCAAACCAACAGAUUUGUUUUAAAAACACGAAAACUCUUCUCAAGUUUGUUCCCCUUCUCCUUUUUUUUAUAGGAAACUAUGCGCACUCAACACACACAUUUUAUUACACUUGUAAGUAUGAUAUUUUUAAGAAAAUCUAUUCUAGUAAGUUAUCUACCAUUAAAUCAGCAACAGAUGUGCCCAUGUUUUAUAGACGAAAAGAAAGAGGAAACAAUUAUUAUAGCUCGCAAAAGAAGAACAAAGAUUAUUUCAUUGUCAUAUUUUCAUUUAUCUAGGUGAAAAUUGAGUCAGUUCGAAUGCUGGAACAACAAAUCACAACACGCAAUUGAGUGUGAGGAACAAACUCUGAGUGUGUGUGUGUAAACAAAGUCUGUAAAAAAACGAAUGAAAACUCCAUUUUUUCAUACACACUAUAUCAUAACAACUGCAUUAUUAUGUCCGCAAAACAAACAAGAGAGGUUAAAAUAUUUCGGAAAGUGGAAAGCUACGUUCGUUAUCAAGACAACCGCAAGAAACAAAAAAAUAUAUAAGAAAUUACUAUCUAAUAAGCUGACAGAGAAACUAAAAAUUGCUAGGUCUAAAUGCUAGAGUGUAAGGAAAAUUUAAGUUUACGAGAAAUCAAACCCAUUCAACAACGAGAGGCGUCGGUAUGGAAUAUUACUUAAUUAUUUGGUUCCCAGAAGAAGAAGAAGAAGAAGAAGAAGUAUAUCCGCAUUAAUUUAGCACUAAGUUUAGUGAGAAGUGUACAUCUAGACGCUGAAUGAUUCCUACAUUAUUUCUCCGUGCAGAUGAUAGUGCUCGUAGCGAUAAGUUGAAUAUUAUCUUCCUCCACUUCAUAUGAACGCAACAACGCCAUUUGUUUCAUUCGGUUAUAUAUAUUUUUUUAUUGAAAAAGAAUUAAAAUAGAAUGCGGUUAGAGUAGCAACGAUGUUGUUGUCUAUUUCAAGACAAGUCAUCAGCGCAGUACAUAUGAUUACGGCUAAUUAUUAUUAUGAAGCAUUUAGUUUAGCACAAGCGCAAAUGAAAUAAUUUAUUUGUAAAGUAGUUGAAUUGUCCCUAAUUUCGUAAGUAAGAACGCUACCUCCGCGGUCUUUUCUCACCAAGUUGGUUUCUUCCUAAUAAUGUGUAUUUCCUGAAAAGCAAUUUAAGUCUUCAGUAAAAGAAUGAUUUUCCAAACCCUAGUAAAACAAGAAGAGUGUGUGUGUGGGCGUGUGUGAGAAUGAGUAGUGAUGGAAUGCACACGAGAACCCGCGGCGGGCAGACUCUUCGAUUGGAAAGAAUGAGAAAGAAUGCACAACGGUGGAGAAGUCAUUAGUUGAAAUUAUCUAAUUUUGUCGGGGACUUCGUGCAUCGGCGUGUGGAUCGGAUGGAAAAAAUGAUUCAUCGGGGAAAUCCUUAUCCACACUGUAAUGCUGUAGAUAGCAUAGAGUCUGCCUUCGUCUAAUGAGCAAAAGUGCACGCGCGAAUGCAGCUGAGAACGCAAACGUGAAAGAAAACUAAACAUUAGCUAUUCAUUUGUAUAAAAGAAGAUUGUAUAAGCGAAAAAUGUACUCUUUUUGAAAUAUGGAAAAGAAGAAAAAUAUCAAAAAUAAAACGAUAUAACGUUUAAUGAUGA